AUGACUAAUAGCAAUUCUAUCAGAAAGAACAUCAAAGCUUGUUUGUUUGAUAUGGAUGGUCUACUGCUAAAUACAGAAGACAUUUAUACAAUCACAGCUAAUGAAGCUCUUAAGAAAUAUGGGAAAGGACCAUUCACCUGGGAUGUUAAAAUGAGAAUGCAAGGUUUACCUGGUCCAGAAGCAGGUGCUGUAGCAGUUAAACAUUAUGAUUUGCCUUGUACCGUGCAAGAGUAUAUGGAUUUGAAUGCACAAUUACAAAAUGACUACUGGGGAAAAUCAGCUUUCUUGCCAGGUGCUAAAGAAUUAAUCCAAUAUUUGAAAUCAAAAAACAUCCCAAUUGCCUUAUGUACUUCAUCUGACAAAUCAAAACUCAAUAAAAAGACAGACCAUUUAAAAGAUGUCUUUGAAUUAUUUGAUGUCAUUGUCACUGGUGAUGACUCAAGAAUUCCAAAGGGUAAAGGUAAACCAUUCCCCGAUGUUUGGAUUGCAGGUUUAGCUGAAUUGAAUGAAAAAUUUAAUACUUCAAUUACUUCAGAUGAAUGUCUUGUUUUUGAAGAUGGGAAAAUUGGUGUCACUUCUGGUAUGUCUUUUGGUGCAUUUGUAAUUUGGGUACCACACCCUGAAUCUUACGGCGUAUUGGGUGACACUGAUGCCUUCUUAAACGGUAAAGGUGAACUAGUCAAAUCAUUGGAAUUAUUUGAUGCAACUCAGUUUGGUUUGUAG